CGUGGAAGAACACAGAAGCGUUUAAUAUUUUCUCAAAACAAAAAUUGGAAAUACUUUUUAAAACAUAAUGUGGUUUGUUCUUUUUAUACUUGGUGCAGCUUUUAUUUAUCAGCUUUACCGUUGGGCAACAGCAAAUUUUGACUUCUUCGAAAAACGUCAAAUACCGUACGAUAAACCUUUUCCAAUGUUUGGUAGCUUCAAAAGUGUGACAUUGCGCAGGCGCUCAAUGUUUGAUACUCUAAUUGAUCUUUAUAAUCAACACAAGGGAGGUAUUUACGGCGUAUUUUAUCAAACAACACCGAUAUUUCUAAUUCGAGAUAUAGAUCUUGUGCGACAAAUUACAGUAAAGGACUUCGAUCACUUCAUGAACCACAAUAACUUCUUUGGUGAGGAUUCUCAUGAUCUCCUUGCUAAUUCUUUAUUUCUACUGAAGAACGAUAAGUGGAAAGAUAUGCGCAGCACAUUGAGUCCAGCAUUUACUGGCAGUAGGCUACGUCAAAUGUUUGAGUUAAUCAAUCAGGUGGCCGAAGACAGUACAAACUAUUUGCACAAACUACAUUCCAAAGAAUCCUGCAACGGUAUUGAGUUGGACUUUAAGGACUAUGCGACGCGUUUCACAAAUGACGCCAUCGCAUCAACAGCUUUCGGCUUACAAGUGAACUCUUUUGAACAAAAAGAUAAUACAUUCUAUAUGAUGGGAAAAAAGGCUAAUUCGUCAUCAUUUUGGGUGUACAUAAGAUUACUGUUGUUCACACAGUGCAAACGCUUGGCUAAGCUUCUUCGAAUUGAGUUCGUUGACAAAAACUCAACUAAGUACUUCCGUCAUCUAGUUCUUGAUGCUUUUAAAUAUCGCAAGGAACGAAAUAUUCGCAGGCCUGACAUGAUCAACUUGCUGAUGGAGGCCCGCGGUCUUUUUCCUACUGACUCGCCCAAGGCACAUAAUCGUGAAUGGACCGACACGGAAAUGGUCGCACAAUGCUUCAUUUUCUUUUUAGGCGGUUUUGACACUAUGUCGACACUGAUUUGCUUUGCAGCAUAUGAAUUAAUGGCGAAUCCGGAUGUACAAGAAAAACUUUUUGAAGAGGUUGAAGAACUUAAUAAACGACGGGAAGGUAAAAGAUUGACGUAUGAAGAUUUACAUGCAAUGAAAUAUUUGGAAAUGGUUGUAAAUGAGACAAUGCGAAAAUGGCCACCCAUUAUAUUGCUCAAUCGAAUAUGUACAAAAGAUUUUCUAUUCGAAGCCAACGGCGAACGUAAGGAAAUAAAGAAAGACGAGAUUAUUAUGAUACCGGUGUCAGGUAUUCAUCGCGAUCCGCAGUACUAUCCAAAUCCAGAUAAUUUUGAUCCAGAACGCUUUAGUGCUGAGAAUAAAGAUAAAAUCAAACCGUUUACUUUUAUACCUUUUGGAGAGGGACCGCGUAAUUGUAUUGCUUCACGUUUCGCUCCGCUAGAAGCAAAGGCAAUAUUAUAUUAUUUAGUGCGAGAUUUUCGCAUCACCGCUGCCAAAAAGACGAUAUUACCAAUCGAAUUGGAGAAGAAAGGGUUAAGUCUAGCGCCAAUAAAUGGUUUCUGGUUGAAACUUAUCGCGCGGAAUAAAAUAUAAGUUGAAAUUGUAAACUUUCAUGGAAGCUUAUCGACAAGACAAAUUGAAGAAAAAGUUUUUGAAUAGAUAUCCAGGGGAAAACAUCCAGCAGCAACUCGCAACAAUUCUCUCUUAAAUCGCGUUGGUUUUUUCGCAAUUAUUAUUAUUAUUAUUAUUUUUUUUUUGAAAAAAUGGCGAACAUACUUUGUAUAGAAAGAAAUCUGAUUAGAAAGUUGCAAGUUGUUGUGUCGUUCAGUGAGUGGCCACCUCAAUAGCAUUUCAUAUGUUUUAAUUUUAAGCCGCUCAUUGCGUGGCAUCGGCCAAGGCAUGGUGGCUCUUCAAAUAAAAAAAAAUCAUCUAAUACCCAAAA